GCCUCGCGGUAGGCCGGUGGUUCGUUCAUUCGUUUAGUCGCCACGCGUCGCGUAUGGAAGUCGGAGGCAGUAGAGGCCUAGGGGCGCUGCUCCCUGGACAGCUGGAUGGGUACAGCCCGGGGGAGAAGGGUGGCCUAGUGAGGGAAAAGGGAGCCUGGAAGCGGCGGGAGUAGGCGAAAGAGACCGCGGGAAGGCCCAGAGGCAGCGGGGGAACGAAGGCCGAGGCCUGAGGAGGGGAAGGCCGAGCGCGUGGGGAAUUCUGGAGCGAGGGACGGUCUACCCGACGCCGGGCGUGCGGGGCGUUCUCGAGCACCGGCUCACUCCGCACGGCAGGUCUUAAUUGGCUUGAGUUGAGUUGAAAGUGCUACACCUCUUCAGCUUCUGGUGUCCCUACCCAGGUCCAGAGGGCAUCAUGGCAUCUCGCCUGAUGCAACGAUGCAUCUACCUCUUGGCUGCCCAUCAGGCCUCACCUGUAACUGUAAUUGGCAGGCUAAGGCUGGCCAGGGCCCCAUGCAAGACGAUGACCACCACACAAGGAUCCAUUGUUUCCACUUUGGAUAACCUCUUAAAUAAGGAGCCAGUGUUCACCCCCUACCCAUGUCCUCAGGAAGUGGACCGGCUGAUUGAGAAGGCCACCACCCCUGAGGAACUGCUAGAAUUGCUUGAUGGUGACCACAAGCUACACCAUAACCAUGCUGCUCUCCUAGUAAUUAAGCUUUCUCGCCUCUUGGCCAAUAAGCAUCAAGACAAAAGCUCAAUCACUAAGGAUGCCCGGGUUCAGAAGCUCUUCCGCAUUGUGGACAACCAGGUAUCCUCAGUCUGGCAUGGAACCCUUAUGAACUUGCUCCGGAGCCUCUACACGUUACAACUUCCAGAUAGUUUCAAGUCCCUUCGAUCCGUAGAGCAAGAGGUUCGCUGGAGGCUUCGCCGAGUUAAAUAUAAGAACCUGGUUUUUCUGGCAGAGACGAGCAUCUCCUACAUGCAGGAUCAGGCCUCGAAUGAGCUCUUGACAGAGCUGCUGUUACACUUGGAGCGUCGCUGGACAGAGAUUGAGGACUGCCGCACAGUGGUGAUCCUCAUGACCAAAGCAGGGCACCUCUCCAGCGCACUGAUGGACCGCCUAGAGGACAAGUUCCUGGAGCUGGCAGAGCAGUUUGGCCCUGAGGACCUGCGGAAAGUGAUGCUGACCCUGGCUUCUCAGAACCGGCGGUCAGUGCCCCUACUUCGAGCCAUCUCCUACCACCUGGCUCAGAAAUCUUUUACCCUGACAAGAGGAAUGCUUAUUGACUUUGCAUAUGCUUAUGGAAAACUAAACUUCCACCAGACCCAGAUAUUCCAGAAGCUCGCUGCUCAACUGUUGCCCCAGGUGUCCAGCAUGACACCCAAUGAUAUAACUCAGUGCUCCAAGUCCUUUGCCUUCCUCAAGUGGCUCAACUUGCCUCUUUUUGAAGCCUUUGCCCAGUACAUACUGAGCAAGGCAGACAACUUCACCCCACUCCAGCUGAGCAACAUGAUCUUGGCAUUUGCUCGCCUGAACUUCCAUCCUGAGCAAGAAGAGCAGUUCUUCAGUUUGGUACACAGGAAACUGAAGCCAGAGCUGGCUACGUUGAACCCCAGCCUGCAAGUUGAUGUGGUGUGGUCCCUGUGUAUACUCCAGAAAGUACAGAAGGCACAGCUUCAGAAGGUUCUUUGCCAGGACUUUCACAGCCAGUUUCUAGAAGGCAAGUUCCCUCAAAAUCCAAACACCUUUCAGAAGCUGAUCCACAUCAAUGCCACCGCUCAGCUGGAGCAUCCUGAAUACACUGGACCGUUUCUGCCAGCAGCCGCCCUCCGCCCCCAAGCCCCCACAUCCAAAAAGAUGACACCCAUGCAGAAAGAUCUCCAGGCCAUACUGAAAGGGUGGCUGGGGAGCGAUGACAAGGCCCGUUUUGGAGAGACCACUCAGUAUGGCUGGGAGCUGGAUGCUGAGUUGGUACUAGAUGGGGACAACCAGCCUCUGCCCAUGAAGAACUUUUUGGCACCUCACCUGGCUCAGCCAACGGGAACUCAGCCUUUGCCCCCUGGUGCCAAGAGGUUGGUUUUUCUGCGUUGGGAGUUCCCAAAUUUCAACAGCCGAAGCAAGGAUCUGCUGGGUCGAUUUGUUAUGGCCAGACGCCACCUUCGGGCUGCAGGCCUCCUGGUGGUUGAUGUUCCCUACUACGAGUGGCUGGAGCUGAAGUCUGAAUGGCAGAAGGGCGCCUACCUCAAGGAUAAGCUGGGCAAGGCUGUGGCAGAGGACCUGGCCAAGUGACCUUCCCUCUUCUGCCAGCUCCACAGCAGAAUAGCUUGUGCUGAAGGGAAGAACUUGUGGAUCCGGGUCCUAUCAGGCAGCCCAAUCUUACUCCCAGAGGCCUCAGGUAGCACUUACUCUGCCUGAUAAGGACACGCCUGAGCAUUGAAUGCUGGUCGUUUAAAAGGAGCCUUUCUCCUCGAUCACCGGACUCCUGCUACUGAAUUGGGAUUAUUAGAUGACCCCUCAGUCCUGUGUGGAGUAGGAGGGAGCUAACAUUCAUUCCCCUGUUGUAAAGGACAUUCAUCCCCAAUAAAGGUUUCCCUCUGACGUGUGAA